GUGUGCGGGCAGAAGGAGUAAGACACUGUGUGUUGUGUGGAUGACAGAAUACCAAUAAAACAGGAGCCUAAAGCAUGAUGCAAAAUUGUGCAAAGACGCAUCAGCAGAGGCCAGGAAUAGGGGGGAAUGACCCUUCGCUAGCCUAUGCAUGAUAACCAGGUCAGCCUAUACUAGCCUGAAGUAUUCUCCUUAUCAUGGAUGCCUCUGGAUUUGAACAAAGUAAACGCUGGGAGCUAUUAGGAGCUGUUGCCACAUUCUCCACAAGUGUAAUGCAUGGCACAGAGCCAGUAACUCCUAAGUUUCUAUUCUCCAACUGGCAGCUCUUUCAGGGUUUUUUUUUGCAGUUUCAGACACAAGCCAGUUUCACUUUCUGAUUCCCAUUCAAUUAUUCACAGAUCACGUGAGGUCUGGAGCCUAUAAAAGGGAAGUCCUAACAACAGUAAGCCACACUCAUUUGGUUUUGAAGAUACUUGGUUUUGAAGACAAGUGAGUAGAGAAGGAAAACCAUGAGCAGCAUUUCAAAGAUUUCCUUGAAGCAUUCCCUGCUGCAGCUACAAUGUCAUUUUACAUGGAAUUUGCGGAGGGAGGAUGUGGAUCUUGAUGACCUAGAGGAAACAGUUGGCGAUCAGAUCAAGUUUUUCAUAGAAUCCAACAGCAAAAAUUAUAAUCUACUAUCCUACGUACACCACCUAAAGAAUGCAAAUGAGGAAGCCCUCAGAAGUCUCAAAAAAGCUGAAGAAAUCGUGGAAAGAAAUCAUCCAGAUGAAAUUGCCAGGAGAAGUCUUGUAACCUGGGGGAACUAUGCCUGGAUCUAUUACUACAUGGAGAGAUAUGAAGAAGCUCAAAGUUAUGUAAGCAAAGUGGUAAACAGCUGCAAAAAACUUUCAAGUACAGCUCAAUGGACGAUUCAGCUUCCAGAGAUCGAUGCUGAGAAAGGAUGGGCAUUUUUAAAGUUUGGAGGAAUUUACUACAAGAGAGCAAAGGAUUGCUUUGAGGAUGCUCUGAAGGGUGAUCCCAACAACCCAGAAUUUAAUGCUGGCUAUGCAAUAGCAAUGUAUCGUUUGGAAAAUUAUUUUCACAGAGAAUGUGAAGAUGCAAGCCUGUCCUUCAAGCCCCUGAAGCGUGCAGUGGAACUGAAUCCAGGGGAUACUUCCAUUGUGGCAUUAUUUGCAUUAAAACUUCAGGACUUAAACCAAGCUGAUGAAGGGGAGAGAUACAUUGAAGAAGCAAUGCAGAAAACCCCUGAUCUUCCUUAUUUCCUGCGAUACGCUGCUAAAUUUUACAGAAGGAGAGGAGACACGGACAAGGCACUGGAGAUUGUGAAAAAGGCCCUGUCAGUGACACCAAACUCUGCGUUUUUGCAUCACCAGCUAGCACUCUGCUACAGAGCAAAGUUGUUCCAACUGAAAAAGUCUACAAGAUAUCCACCUCAGGAUCAAGUGGAAGAACUCAUCCAACGUGCCAUUUUUCAUUUUAAAAAAGUGACUGACAAAAGGCCAAAACUUUAUGUUGCUCAUACUGACCUAGCAAAAAUGUAUGCAGAAGCAAAGAGGUAUGAAGAAGCAAAAGCGGCAUUUCAGAAAGCAUUUCAGAUAAAUAAUAUGCCCGAUUCUGAUAAACAACAAUGCUACUACUAUUACGGCAAUUUUCAGCGUUUUCAAAUGAAAUCGGAAUCUGAAGCCAUUCAGUGUUACAUAGAAGCACUGAAAAUUGAAAAUGAUUCUUACUUGUUCCAUAAGUGCAGAACUACUCUGAAGAAGUUGUUGGAACAAAGAAUUCAGGGAGGUUCAAGAAAUGCUACAGAUUUUGGUACACUUGGAUUCAUUCAUAACCUAAAUGGUGAGAAACAUGAAGCAAUUGAGUGUUAUGAGAAAGCUGUCGAAUUGUGUCCCAACAAUGAAGAAUAUCUGAGUGCAUUAUGUGAGCUACAACUUUCUGUCUCAAGGUAAAGUUCCCAAGAAUCCUCCACAUCAAAAGAAAAACCAAACCCAAGGAUAUUUCAACAGACUCUCAGGACCCUUUUUUUUUCUUUAAGGUUGAAGUUGUAACCAUCUUAGACAUCUAGUGGCAUCACUUUCUGGUGAUAAUCUAGAAACUAUACAUGAUGAUUGUUCAUUUGUUUAUUCAUUCACCAACUGAGUGCAUGCUUGGAAAGACUAAAGAAUAGCUAAGCUGUCUUAGUUUUCAAUGCUAACACUUAUAUAAAAGUUGUUUUAAAGUGAUGAUCUAUAGAACACAGAACUUCUAAGCUGGAAUUCAGAUCUUGCCUUCUACUGAGAAAAUGACAAGGGAAUUGUACUAUGGUAUUUCAUCUAUCCAUUUGAAAUACAUGCUUAUACAGUAAUGGAAUUUCUGAAGCUUUUUCAAAUAUUUUUUUAAAAUAUUUUUUUUUAGUGUUAUCUAGAAAAAACUUUUGUUGAAGACUUGUUCAGUUAACUACCUUGCAUAUUGUUUAACUGUAAAAAAUAACCACUGCUUGGCUAGUACACUGAAAAGCUUACAAAACAUGUUAUUGUUGUGAACUAUUAAAGAAUAUUGCAUCCAUCACCUGUCGUUUCUGGUCUCCCUCUGCUGACCAAUCCUCAUGUUACUAGGUGAAAGAAAGGGAAACAACUAUUUGAAAAAGUAACAGGGAGGAAGGGUCAGGAGAUAGCCUCGUUUAUUUUCCUGAACUCUCAGCAAAGUUGCUUCAGAGCUCUGGCACUGGAGAAUUAAAAUGUGCAAAAUACCAGUAUCCAUCUAGUUUACCCAAACCCAUGCUCUGAGGAACCACUGCAGCAAACUUCUGGAGAGGAAGGAAAGGCAGUCUUUGAGAUGCCAAAGAGAUAGCUAUCUGC